AUGACUGCAGUGACGUCACUGUGUAGCAACUUACAGACAUGUUACAACUGUGGUGUGGAGUGUGGUGGCAUGGAAUUAACUGGUUUGAACCAGUCGGAAUGUAUAGCGUACUUAGAUCACACAUCAGUAUUUGUGGUGGAGUACCGUCCUUCUGUUACAAAGUGUGUGUUGGGCUCAUGCAACGGAAUCGAUUAUAAGAAUCCAAACUUUUACGAUGACGUCAGAGCAUUUAGAUACACGUGCACAACAGAGUGCCUGGACUUUUCACUUGAUGAGGACUCAAAUCGUUACAUUAGUAACACACCUACUAGCGAGAUAAGCACAACUAGAGCUCUGUGUAUAGAACUAUGUUUUGACAUAGAGUAUUGCUACAUGUGGGAACAUGAUGGAACAUCAUGCAUACUCUAUGCUGAUUGUGGACUUACUCUUUCUUGCUCAACAUCUUUCACUCUGGACUUUAGUCACAAAACGUUUACGAGAACAUGUCUGGAAAAUUGUGGAGACCCUCAGGUACCUGCAAAUGGAAAUGUUACAUACCUAGACACAACGGAUGGGUCAGUAGCAUAUUUUUACUGUAAUGAAGGGUUUGUUGAGGUAACAGGUUCGAACAACCAGACUUGUCAGUCAAACGGCACGUGGUCAUUACCCCAGCCAUUUUGUGAACCGAACGAAACAACAACAACAUCAACCACAACGGUUACUACCACUACUACACUACCUCCAACCACAACAACAUCAGUAACAACAAUAGCUCCUACCACAACUCCAAAACCAACAACAACAACUACUACUACUUCUACCACACCGAUUCCGACGACGACGACACCUUCAACUGCGGCUACGUCAUCAACGUCAUCGUCAACCUCCGCCCAGGUUAUGACGUCAUCAGCUACAUCAAGACCAACACAUACCAUAACUGCUCCAAAAAUAUACAUCAUGUCCUGCAUAUGCUACGAAAAUAAAACUUUUACGGGAAAGUCGAAUGAAGAAAUUAUUGAAAUACUGAUAAAAGAGACGGAGAUUAACACGAAAAAUACGUCACUAGCACUUAAUAAACUUAAAAGUAGAGAAGAUCACCGACCGACCUCUCAAGUGAUAGGAUAUACCGGUUUGUGCUUCCUGAUUAUAGCAUUCUGCUGUAUCAUUGGGUCAGACGCUUGCAUUAUUGUAGGAAAACUGAAGGAAAUUAUUCAGAAGUCGAAUAAUUAAUCAUGAACAAAGUUAUCAUGUUUUAAUUGCAGCAUUUUAAUUACAUAAUUAUAAUAUAGCAAUGCCAAUGCCCUGAUGCGUCCCGAUUCCGUUGUAGGUAUACAAGAGUUGUUUUUUCAUCCAUUUUUAUGCUCCCCGAAAAAGUUCGGGGGAGCAUAUAGUCGUCGGAUUGUCCGUCCGUCCGUCAGUCCUUCCGUCCGUCAGUCCGUCCGUACGUACGUCCCGAAUUCGUGUCCGGCCCAUAACUUUGUUAUUUGAAGUCGGAUUUUAAAACUAUUUCACAGAAAUGAUCACCAUAUUUAGACGACGUGUCGCGCGCAACAUUUGGGUCGCUACCUUGAAGGUCAAGGUCACAGCAUGACCUUGAAGCAAAAUAGUGUCCGGUCCAUAACUUCAUUAUUUGAAGUCGGAUUUUAAAACUAUUUCACAGAAAUGACUACCAUAUUGAGAUGACGUGUCGCGCGCAACAUUUAGGUCGUUACCUUGAAGGUCAAGGUCACAGCAUGACCUUGCAGCAAAAUCGUGUCCGGCCCAUAACUUCGUUAUUUGAAGUCGGAUUUUAAAACUAUUUCACAGUAAUGAUCACCAUAUUGAGACGACGUGUCGCGCGCAACAUUUGGGUCGCUAUCUUGAAGGUCAAGGUCACAGCAUGACCUUGCAGCAAAAUCAUGUCCGGCCCAUAACUUCGUUAUUUGUAGUCAGAUUUUAAAACUAUUUCACAGAAAUUAUCACCAUAUUGAGAUGACGUGGCGCGCGCAACAUUUGGGUCGCUACCUUGAAGGUCAAGGUCACAGCAUGACCUUGCAGCAAAAUCGUGUCGGGCCCAUAACUUCGUUACUUGAAGUCGGAUUUAACAACUAUUUCACAGAGAUGAUCACCAUAUUGAAUCGACGUGUCGCGUGCAACAUUUGGGUCGCUACCUUGAAGGUCAAGGUCACAGCAUGACCUUGCAGCAAAAUCAUGUCCGGCCCAUAACUUCGUUAUUUGAAGUCAGAUUUUACAACUAUUUCACAGAAAUGAUCACCAUAUUGAGACAAUGUGUCGUGCACAACAUUUGGGUUGUUUUUACACUUUGAACUUUGUCUGUGACAUAACUCUGACACUACAAGAGGUAUACCUUCCUGUGUCCAAAACCUAUUCGGGAAGCAUCACCCGGUUCAACCGGCUCUUGUAUUACUUAUUUAUAUUUUCGAUUUAUUAUUUAUUUUGCAAUAACAAUUUACAGCGUACUUAUCAUUCGUAAGGAUUUAGCUGCUUCAAAGCAAGUGAUUCAAAACAACUGUAUUCGACUUUUACUGAACUAAAUCUGCCCUUUAGUUUCUUUUUACUGCAUUAACUCUGAUACGAUAUGAAUAAUGCAUCAUCAGCAUAAACAACACAUUUUGUGAAUUAAACAAUUAUACUCAAAGU